AUGGCUCGUGUGCGAUCUCUCAUCACGAGGGAAAAAAAAAUUCCUGGAAAUUCACGCGGUCGGACGAUUUCUCAAGUCGAUUUUGGUUACGAAAAUCUGCAUUACGCGUUAGAUUUAUUUAUUCGCACAGGCAAACAGUUGCAAGUGAAUUGUUCCGAGAAGUCUACUCAGCAAUUUUCCGCACUCCUCCCAUGCCCGAGGACGAUACCCCGCCUCCGUCUCCAGGCGCGCCGGUGCGUCCCGCAUCCCACCGACAACUCAACAAUCUUAUCCGAUGACACCGCUGACCGCGACCCCGCAACCCCGCACGCUCGCCCGCAGGUACCCCCGAGCGGCGUCCCACUGGAUUACAAUUAUUUGGACGUCAAGACCGUCGCGGGCUUCUUGGACGUCACCCCGUUCGAUGGGGUCGUGAAACACGGCGACCGGAGCAAACUGCCGAAGGGUGCGAAGCUCAACGCGUGCGGCGUGCGCUUGGCGAACAACAAGCUCACCUCACUCGCGGGUCUCGAUGAGUUUCUGGAACGCGUGCUCGACGACCCUGGCGAGCUGCGAUGGCUGGACGUGUCUGGCAACAAGCUCACCAAAGUGGAGUCGCUGUUGUUGAGCUACCCGAAGCUGUCGUGCGUGUACUUUCACGGCAAUCAGGUGAGACGGAGCGACGAGUUCGAAACGUUAGGGGAGCUGCCGGAGCUGAGAAAGUUCACGGCGUUUGGCAAUCCUUGCGAGCAGUCGGACAAAAAUUACAGAUACGCCGUAGCCGCGAGUCUUCCUCUCGUUCGGAGCUUGGACUUCACGGGGAUCACCAGGAAGGACAGGGAGGACAUCCACCUGUGGGACAAGAGACGCGGGGGUAAGAGAUGA